CGCGCCGAGAAGAACAACCCCCCGCACGGUCACCGACACCCGGACGAGCACGAUCGCGUCCCCCCGGCCCUCGGAGCUCUCCUGCCGGCGUCGCUCUCCGCCCCCUCGCCGUCCCUUCGGGUUUCCUCUGCGGAAGAUCGGACAGCGAUGUGAAGCUUAAAGGAAUGGAAACAAAGGCGUCUACCUUCAUGCGGCGUCCCCGCGGGGCCGAUUCCGCCGCCUGCGCGUAGACCCGAGGCGGCGAUGGAGUCGGCCGAUGACCUGAACCUCUCCUUCCUGCUGGAGCACGAGCGAGACAGCAUCCUGAAGGUGCUGCAGAAGGACGAGAAGCUGAGGAAGCGAGAGGAGAAGAGGAUACGGAAGUUGAAGAACGAGCUGCUGGAGAUCAAACGCAAAGGCUCCCGGCCGCCGCGGGAGUCGGCGGAGCGUCGGUGCGCUCGCUGCGUCAAGACGCUGGGGCUAAUCUUCGACCGCGGCGAGCUAUGCGACGAGUGCCAGCUGCGCGUGUGCAGCGAGUGCCGCGUCUCCACUCCCAAGCGCCGCCGGUGGAGGUGUAACGUGUGCGCGAAGGUCUCGGAGUUGAAGGUGGUGACGGGCGAGUGGUUCCUGGAGGAGCGAUCGAAGCGUUUUGAGCACAAACUGUUGAGCAGUGACGUGGUUAAGCAAACAAUCCUGAGGAGCCCGACGGGUGAGUUUGACUCACGCGCUCGGCGCCGUGUCGGGCCUUUUCGAAACCGCCGCAUCCGUCCUCCGUGUGUUCGAUCCCAAGCCGCGGAGGAUGGAAAGUCCCCGGAGAGGUUGACGCUCCGUCCUGCGGCGGGGACGUCCGAGACGCCAAAAUCCAGCAGGGCUUCCAAACGUGUUGUGGAUGGACUGAGAAAGAGAGGAAGGAUCAGGAUGGAUAAAGUGGGCAGCAGACACUUGAGGUCAGAAAACGGCGUCGGCGGCCUCAACGUCAAAUCCGCUUCGGACGGAGACGCUCGCAGCGUGCGAAGCGUUCGCUCCGCUCCGGAUUAUCAUACAAACAGCAAAGUCACUUCGGCGUUGGACCCCUCCGGCACGCCGACCGCGCUCAACAACCGACGUUCCAAAACUCCCGACAGAUAUUCCGCCGCCAGCAGCAACCGGAGGGUCAGGCCGGACGGAGCCGAGAGCGUUUGCAGCUUCCACUCCAGCGGCAGCGCGCCUGAGAAGAAAGCCUCAGGGAAUCACGGGAGAGGCGACGGUGCUCCGACCAUUUCCGUGUCCCGGGCUUCGGUGUCAUCAGAUCACAGUCGCUCCGAGAUGGACCUAUCGGCCGCGAGUUCAGAACACAGUGACGACACCUUCAGCAUCAGAAGCCGCUCUGUGCCCGGCCUCAAUGAGGCAGAGUUCUCCGACCAGGAGGCCGAGGAAGACAUCGACGCCCUGAUGUCGGCCCACGGCCAGACGGCCGGACGCCGCCUCGGCAACGCCGUGUCCACGUCUUCCCCUCCUGCCUCAGAGAGGAGGUGGGCCUUCCUCAAUGUCCCCGACUCAGACGCUGAGACAAGUAGCAUCAGCAGCAUGAUGAGCAUGUACAGCGAGACGGGCGACUACGGCAACGCCCGCAUCAGCGGCGAGAUCCUGUUGAACAUCAGCUACAGCUACAAGACGGGCGCCCUCAACGUGCUGGUCAAAGAGUGUCGCAAUCUGGCCACGGGGGACGAGAGGAGGCAACGCACUGACGCGUACGUGAAGUCGUACCUGCUGCCGGACAUGUCGCGCCAGAGCAAGAGGAAGACGAGCAUCAAGGCCAAGAGCAUCAAUCCUGUUUUUAACGAGAACCUGAGGUAUGUGAUCAGCCACUCGCAGCUGGAAACGCGCACCCUCCAAGUGUCGGUGUGGCACCACGACCGCUUCGGGCACAACAGCUUCCUCGGAGAAGUGGAGCUGACGUUUGACUCCUGGGAGUUCGAUUCCCAAUUAGAUGAGUGGUUCGCUCUGCAGCCCAAGCUGGAGAACAGCACGGAGGCCACCAUGCAGUACAAAGGAGAACUGACCGUGGUAUUGAAGUACAUUCCUGCGGAGAAGAACCUCAUGCUGCCUCUGGACCAAGUACAAGUCAAGAAAGGCUUCCUGAAAGGCAAGAAGAAGAGCACCUUCACACCACCCAAAGGGGGCAUGGUUGAGCUGCUCGUCAAGGGGGCCAAAAAUUUAACUGCUGUCAAGUCCGGAGGAACGUCGGAUCCUUUCGUCAAAGGUUACCUCCUGCCGGACAGCAAGAAGUCCACUAAGCACAAGACGGCGGUGGAGCGUCGCACGGUGAACCCGCAGUGGAACCACACUUUCACCUACUGCGGUCUGCAGCCAGGAGACCUCGACAACGUGUGUCUGGAGCUCACCGUGUGGGACAAGGAGGCCCUGGCCAGCAAUGUCUUCCUGGGCGGAGUCAGGCUGGGGGCUGGAACAGGCACAAGUUACGGGAACGAGGUGGACUGGAUGGACUCGUACGGGGAGGAGCGGCGACUGUGGCAGCGCAUGAUCGAAAAUCCAGAAGCGCCCCAGGAGUGUACGCUCAUGCUGAGGUCCAGCAUGCGCAAGUGCACCACAUGCACCGCAUGAGCCCGGAUGGAUUACAAACACGAGACGUGUUUCCAGACAGGCAGUACAGUACAGCUCGGGAGAGUAAAACGCCAUCCGGCUUGUAUUUGGACCCUGUUGUACCACUCGGUUUCGUCUGGGAACCAAACACGAGUCUUUCGCACUGAGAUCUCGCAAACAUUAUUUUUUUUUUUUCCCAAGCAGAACCCGUGGAAGGCAGGUUAUUGCCGCAUCUGUGUGCCCUUCCCACACUGCAAAAACUGGGCUUCAUUUAAGCAACGUUAUCUGCCAAUCGAAGAGGAAAACUUCACUACGUAGCUAGCCUCAAAAACCUCCCGUGAUGUCUUAAAACUAGCGCAUUUGUACUACAGUAUCCUGAUGGGACAAGCUGAAAGUCGCAGCAACAAUUUAGAAUGAUAUAAAUGUGUUUCAUAUUGUCCCAUCGGGGGUCUUUAUUUUUUAUAUUUUGCCUUCAUUUCAGAGAUUCAUUGUUGUUUCGAGUUUAGUUUUUGCUGUGUGGAUGUGUGACAACAUCAGAGCCCUAACAGAAGAACCUGGGAUCGAUCCGCCUUUGCCUUUUCUGCAUUAACCACUAAAGGUGGAAUAUUGCCGCAACUAUGCGCGACAGAUUUAGAUGUGUGACGAGAUCAGCACAAAGUGGCGCAUCGGCACCAUAACAGAAGAAAGUAUUUUUCUGUCUACGCCAUUUACCCAAAACCCAGCAAGGCGGGAUGCUAAUUUUUUUAUUUUUUUUCCCUUGGAGUCUCUUUCACGCACAGAUCUCGCUAAAUUGCUCUGCUGGCUGUUACAGCGCUGAGACUACCUCAGAACACAGAACUACACUGAACAGCAAGACGAGGGAAAAAAAAAAUCAUUUGUAACAUGUAGCUAACUAUGGCUGACAGACUUUUUUUUUUUUUUUUUUUUUUUUUUUAAUAAAUGCAAGACAUGAGUCAAAGCACUGACAAAUGGUAGCGAAGACACCCCCCGUGAGCACGCCACCUCUGCUUUGAAGCACAUACUUGCAAGUACAAUGAGUGAACGUGUCUGUUUUAUCAUCGCUUCGGAGUGAUUUUUCACCGUUGGGCUAGAGAACGGCAUUCUCUAUCGCUAGCAAGCUAGCUUUCCAUUUCCAAGAAGCUCUUUAACACAAUAGCAAAGCACCUACGGCAAAUGCAAAUACAGUGGUACCUUGACUUACCAGUGCCCCAACUGUUUUUUUGUUUUUUUUUAGUAAUGAGUAAUUGCUUGGUGGAUUAUUAUUAUUAUUCUUGGGUUCAAGCUUCAAAUACGUUGCUGCUCAAGUGAAGUGAAAAAUAAUAAUGGUCGUAAUGCCCUCACAUGUGGACAAUGAGAGCAGCAUUAGCCGAGGAACUUGCAGCUGUUGAUUGGAUGGGACAAACUGUCAAACACACAAAAACGAGGGGCAGUCAAAAAGUAAUGAGGCCAAUUGAAUUUCACCUACUAACAAUUGUUCCCCCCCCCCCCCCCCCUGAAAUAUCCACAGUUUGUAGUUUAAAUACUUGUUUGGAAGUUUAUUUAAAAAAAAAAAAGUUUCUUCCUGUCAGCCAUUUUUGGAACUGAUGUCAUUGGUGGAUGCCCGUCACAAGCAGAGAGCGGUGAUUGGACAUCUCGCUUUGGAUGUGGAAGCCCUACUAAACCUUUUCAAAAGGUUACUAAAUGUGAAUGAGGGAAGCUGCAGGAGGCUACAGCACAGUCAAAAAGUGGGUGUCCAGGAUCAAAGGCCUCCGUGACCAUCUUCGGCAGUUAAUCGUGGGACUCGCGUGAUGGUCGAGAGUCACCGUUUGUCCAUCCCUCAUCCCCCCUGAAUUAAACUCGUGUGUCAAGGUACAGCCGCUACACGUUUGGUAGUCGUAGAUGCAUCGGACGUUCGGUUGACGUGUCGUCGUCGUGAGCAUCUCAGCAUGCUAAUGUUAGCAUUUAGCUCAAAGCACCACCGUGCCUAUAAAGCACAAGCUCACACUGCGGAGUCUCGCCGGCAUGAUUUUGUCUCUCCUCGACCUUUAGAUUCAAUAGAUCAUUGAUCAAUAUUUCUUUGAGGACAUUCCAUGCCUGCUUUGGAAAAACAAACAAUAUCUGGUAAAAGUAAGUACCUGACUUAAUCCAGCGUCGACGUAAAUGUAGAUAACACUGUAUCAGUGUGACCAAUUAGCUGCAUGCUCGUAGAGGGAAACACGAACAAAAGAGCACACGGGAAGUUGAGCACUGAUAAACCACAUCGUCGGAGGACUGUGAUGGCGACGCUUCCAUCUGAGAGGGCUCGCUGGCCACUUACAAAAAAAAACAUGGCGCCGAAUGAACCCCGUACAAGCGUUUUACAAUGAUUAUAACGGAUGCCAGUAUGUGCGCGGGCGCGUGAUAGCAUACCAUUCCUGCACUACUAUUAAUAAUAAAUGUACGACAUGAUUUUAGAUGACAAGCUCAUGCAAUACCAGACUGCCGACUUUUGAUGUACAGCAUGUGUUAGCUUGUGUGUCUGGUUUCUAAUGUGUCUAAACCUAUUUCAUCCCAUUGCAAAAAUAUUUUGAAAAUAAACAAUAAAAACCAUUACAGCGAUUGCUUGGCUCACUACGUUGGUAUUAAGACUAUAAGACGAAAUGAAAUCUUGGAUAUUUAAACGCCGCAUGCCCGAUUUUGUUUUCGUUAUCAAAGUCAAGAAAAGAACAAAAUGUGUGUUUUGUUCGGGACGUUUGAGUUAUUUAGUUUCCACGACACAAGCAUGUUCAGAAAUGCUGAACUCCCAGCCUGCGGUGUCGUUUAGAGUGAAACUGUAACGUUCUUAUCUUUUUGAGACACAAGCUCAAUCAGUCCUGGUAUGGAAAAAGGAGUUUAAAAAAAAAAAAAAAAAAGCACUUGACAUUUGUUUGAUUAAUUGACUGAGAAUAUUCCCCAUAGUUGAUCAAGAAAAAUGUGUUCCCACAUUC